AUGGUCUCACAAUUAUUUGAAGAAAAAGCUAAAGCUGUCAACGAACUACCAACUAAACCAAAUACCGAUGAAUUGUUGAAACUGUACGCAUUGUACAAACAAGCAACUAUUGGUGACUGUAACACUGAUAGACCAGGUAUAUUUAAUUUGAAGGAUAGAUCGAAGUGGGACGCCUGGAACAAAAUUAAAGGUACUACACAAGACGAUGCAGAAAAACAAUACAUCGAACUGGUCGAUGAAUUGUUUGUUAAGUAUAAGUAA